AUGAUUUAUCCAAAAAAUAAACUAUAAUCAGCAGGGCAAGCGACAUUGUCUCGUAAAAACUACACUUCGGAAUAAAGGGAAGAAAUUAAAAGAUAAAUAGCUGAUAGAUUAUCUAAGAAGUAUGGUUUGGAUUUGACAGAAUAAAUACAUGCAAAAGUGAAUAGCUAUCUUAAUCAAAAUUAAACUAUAACUGCCGAAGGGAUCUAAAAUUUAGAAUAAGAAAUAAGUCGCUAAAAGGCAUUGCCACAAUUACAAUAGUAGUAAUCUUCAAAUCAAGUUAAGUAAAAAGAUGAAGAUGAUUAAAAAUCAGUUGUUUCAAAAAUGUCAGGAGCUUCCAAUUUUGAUAUGGUUGAUUAAUACACACAUAAAACUGAAAAAAACACAGAGGAAAAGAAGAGCUAGAAAAUGACUGGCUUGCAUACCAAGAAAAUUGAGAAUGACUUGGCAUUUCUUAAUGAAGAAAAUUAAUGGGGUGCAAUAUACAAAUACAAUAAAUAUCUCUAUGAUAAGGAAACUGAUAUUAAAAAACAAAGAGAAGUAGAAAGAAAGAAAAAGAUUAAAGAAGAAUUGGAUAAAUAAGUUGUUGAAAAAUAGUCUAAAAAAAGCAAAAUGCAUUCUAUGAAAAUUAGUUAAUAAGAAAAAAUUGAUAGAGCUAAACAAAUUAAAAUGAUUGAGAAAUAAGCCAGAGAUUAGCAAGUCAAGGAAAUUAAGAAGAAUAGAAGAAAUGAAGAGAAAUAAGAAAAGGCUUUAGAUAGCUAUAUGAUAUAAAAAGUAAGGGAAGAAUUAGAUGACGAAUAAAAAUUCCUAUAAUUCAAAAAAGAACAUCAAUAUUAGGUUAUGUAAAAGUUGAUGGCUGAAAAUGAAGAAAAGAAAAAACUGUAAGAGAAGGAAAAGGAAGAUGAAAGACAAGAGAAUAUCAGAUUAAUGGAUGCAUAUUGCAAAUUACUAGAUAAAUAAGAAGAAGAAAGGUAGAAAGCUAUGAAGGAAAGAGAUGAAAAAAUUAAACAAUAUUAAGAGAAGGCUAUGGAAAUGUAAGAAAAAGAACUGGAAAAAAAAAUUGGAUAAUUAGAAAAAAGAGCAGAUAAAUAUGAACAAAGAAAGGAGAGAAGACUAUAAGAAUUAGAAAAGGAAGCCGAAAGAAAGAAGUGGGAAACCAAAUUAAAAACAAGAGAGUACUUGAAUAAAUAAAUGGAAGAAAAAGAAGUAUAAAAACAAAGAGAAAAAUUGAAGGAUCAAGAAUAAGCUACCUUGUGGAAGGAAGAUACUACUAAUUAUUUUUAAUUUGAAAAAGAUAGAGAUAUUGAAAAAAAGAAAAUCUAUAAGGAAUAUUAGGAUACAUUACUUGACCAAAUGAAAGAAAAAUCUUAAGCCAAAAAAGGAAUAAUUGACGAAAUGCUUAAACAUGAAUAAAUGUUAAGUAAGAACACGUUGUCAGAAUUAGAUCAAAUGAGACAAACAGUUCAAUGA